CCCUGCAUAAAAUCCAACGAAAAUAUUGGGGCGAAGUUCAGCAAGAAAAGAAAAUCUAGUUAAAAAAUCACAUUUCAUCGAAGCGUUCUGAUUCAUUUUUAAGAAGAUUUAUGAGAUGCACAGUGCUCAAUGGUAUUACCAUUCGAACAAUAACGGAAUUCGGCAAUUCAAAUUACUUAAGCUUGUAAACAAAACGAUUGACAUUUGUGGUGUCACUGACGCACUCAACAAACGAAACAGACGAAUAACUAUUUUGACAUAAGAGAAAAACACGAACAGGUGUAAUUCAUAAUCACUUUGUUUUGGUAAACCAAGAGACGAGAAAGAUGGAACUACAAAUUUUAAAUGAGAUUAAGAUAAUCGUGAAAUGGAGUGGAAAAGAGUAUCCCAUCGAAGAUCUUACCGAUCAUGAUACAGUGGCGGUGCUCAAACACGAAAUCUGCAAAAAGACACAGGUGAAGCCGGAACGACAGAAGCUGCUCAAUCUAAAGUACAAAGGAAAAUUUGCCACUGAUGAAACACGCUUGGGUCUGUUGGAACUGAAGCCAAACUUUAAGCUUAUGAUGGUUGGUUCGCUGGAGGCAGACAUUGAAGAAGCUUCCUCUAAACCUGACGACAUUGGUAACGUAAUCAACGAUCUCGACAACGACGACGAGGAUAAAGUGCCGUUGGAGAAUAAAGAAGUUUAUUUGGCCAAAAUCAACAAACGAGUUCGCGAGUACAAGAUAAACGAAUUGAAUUCCCCCCGAGAAGGCAAGCGUUUGCUGGUGUUGGAUAUUGACUAUACGCUUUUCGAUCAUCGAUCUGCAGCUGAAAACGGUGCGGAAUUGAUGCGACCUUAUCUUCACGAGUUUCUCACUUCGGCCUACCAGAAUUACGACAUUGCCAUAUGGUCGGCAACUUCAAUGAAGUGGAUUGUCGAGAAAAUGAAAUUGUUGGGAGUAACUUCUCACUCUGACUAUAAACUUGUCUUUAUGUUGGACUCGGAAGCGAUGAUCACCGUACAUUGUCCGUUAAGGGGAGUUAUCGAAGUCAAACCGUUGGGUGUUAUUUGGGGGAAGUAUAACCAAUAUUCUUCGAAAAAUACAAUUAUGUUUGACGAUUUGCGGCGAAACUUUUUAAUGAACCCAAAAUCGGGCCUUAGGAUCAAACCGUUCGCCGAAGCACACCUCAAUCGCCACAAAGAUAAGGAACUGCUGAAACUAUCCAAGUAUUUAAAGGACAUUGCGGAGAAUUGUGAUGAUUUCAACGAACUAAAUCAUAAGAAAUGGGAAUCAUACAAACCGAAGAAACGUCGCGGCGCGGUGGAUGAGUAGCGCAGAUCUCAGUAGAAUUGUAACGCCUUAUUCUACGAAUGCUUUAAUUGAACCUAAAAUUUAUUAUUAUUAGAAAUAUAUCAAUGAAAUAUAAUGCAUUUAAGUUUUCCGGAA